AUGUCCUACGCCUCGCUUCUUUUUACUAAGCUAGAAAGGCGAGACCUGAUUCAAAUCGCUCCAUGGAAAUCUAUCACUUCAAUAACACUGACAACAGCGUCGAAAGAGGAGUAUGAUGUUCAAGUCUCUCAGCUUUCAAAAGACCUUUUGAACUCGACAACUUUUAUCAACGCGCAGACGGCAAGACUAUUUGAAGCUGCUGACAAAAUAUCAGAACUGCAAACAAUAAUAAAGACUAAGGACGGAACAAUACAAGAGACUAAAGACCUUCUUGCAACGUAUCAAAUGAAGGCAAAGGAUGAAGACACAUCGAAGAAGUCCUUAGAAAAACAAAUUGAGUAUCUCAAGAAGGAACUUGCUUUCUCAAGACAAUCAUUCGAACAAACGAGUGAGAAGUCAAAGGCGGUGAAUUACGAAAACCACCGGCUCCUCGACAUCAUUGAAGACUUGAGAAAACAGGUGGAAAGAAACUCGACCCAGUCGUAUAUUCAAACAUCUACACAUACAAAUCAACUCCAAAAACAUGAAUCGUCUCUAAUUAACAAAAGCGAGCCUCCGAAACCCAAGCCAGAGCUUCAAAAGCAGAAGACGGAGAAAUUGGAGAAGCCAAAAACACCGGAAAAGUCGGACAAAAACUUGAAAGUGAGUAAAACGGAGACUUUCAUAGCGAAAGAGGAGGACUUGAAACCAACCAUGAGCAUAUUCAAAGGCGAUUUUGCGUGUAAAGUACCUUCAAUUGCAGUGAGAAAUAUUGUUGGCCACACGGGGGAUAUCACUUGUCUCGCUUUUAGUGCAAAUGGGCAAUUAUAUGCCAGUGGGAGUGAAGAUAGGACUGUGAGGAUAUACGACUCGGGGUUGUCUGUCUGCAAGAUGUUUCUUCGCGGAAUGGCGCAGUCGGUGACUUCCGUCACAUUCAGCGAAGUGAGCGAUAUGUUGUUGGUCACUUCAAAUGAUGCGACGUCCCGCGUUUUCGACUUACAGAGGAACAGCACCCGGUACACAUUAACGGGGCAUGCAAAUAGAGUCACUGGUGGUAAGUUUUUGGACGCAUUGAGUGUUGUCACGGGCUCUUCUGAUCGUACUGUGCGCUUCUGGGACUUAUCUCAGUCGCGCUGUAAAUUAAGUUGCUCUGCGAAGUCGGCGGUCAUCAGUUUGGAGUUAAUGCGAAACCAAAUAGUGACGUGUCACAUGGACGGUACCCUCCGGUUUUGGGACAAUCGGCAGAAAGAGGAUGUUGGGAUAAUCGAGGUGUACGAUGGUGUUGCGUGCAGUGGUGUGACCUUUGUUGAAGGUGUUGGGGAGUAUUUGUUGGUCAAUGGGAAGGACAACGUGGUUUGGAUGGUUGACCCAUUAAUGAUGCGUAAGGUGAAGAGUUUUGUGAAUGACGAUUACAUCAACCCGGGGAGUAAAAUUGGUGUUUCUUGCGACAAACAGUUUAUGACAGUUGGUUCAGUCGAUGGAAGUGUCUUUGUAUGGAAUUUGCUCGACGGGAAAUUUGCGAAGAGGAUCUACCCGGAUGUUAACGUUGGUAGUUCUACCGAUAAAAGUUGUUAUUGUGCGAUGUGGAAUCCGUUGACUUCGCAAAUGAUCAGCGGGUAUGGGAAAAAUGUGGUUGUGUGGGAUGAGUAG